AUGAUGUUUAUUCUCAAACUCUUUAUCAUAGCGGUUUUGGCGUCUGUUCUUGAAGGAAAAGGCGACAGAAAGGGUCACGGCGAAGGAAGAAAUCGCGGAAAGGAAGCCUUUAACCAAUUACAGCAUACACCAAGCGGCGGUCCUAUCAAAGACACAACGGAAGAAGAAGAUCAAAACAAUGGAGAUGAUCUCAAAGACGAUGUCGUUAAACAUCUUCUUGACAGUUUAACAUCAACCACCGGUCUUAUUGCAGACAGAAACUCGUCUCUAGCAAAUUGUCUCGAAGAUUAUGUUAAUAGCCAGAAGAAUGUGCAACUCAAAGUAAAAGGAGAAAAAAAGGGUCCAAAGAAACCUGUCGCCUCUGGCAGUAAGAUAGCAGAUAGAAAAGAAGGGAAUCUGGAAAAAUCUGACAGUAAAGGAACAGAAAAGAAAAAUGUCGGAGACGAAAGAGUAGACGAACCUGUUACUCAGUAA